AUGGAAAUUAUAUCAAUUGAAUUAAUUAAUGAUAGUAUUAAAGAACAAUUAGUUAAUCUUUUAAUUGAUGGUGUUGAAAAUAAAGCAGCAAUUGGAUUUAAUUUUCCAUUAAGUAGAGAAAAAGCAAUUGAAUUUUGGGAUAAAGUAAAUGAUGAAUUAAAAAGUAAAUCUAGAAUAUUAUUAGUAACAUUAAUUGAAGGUUCAAUUGUUGCAACAAUUCAAAGUUCAUGGAGUAAUACAUAUUCAAAUGCAAAACAUCGUUGUGAAAUUCAAAAAUUAAUUGUACAUUCAACUCAUAGAAAAAAAGGAAUUGCAAAAUUGCUAUUAAGUGAAAUUGAAAAAUAUUCAUUAUCAAUUGGUAAAGAAUUAUUAAUUUUAGAUACAAGUUCAACUGAUCCAGUAACUCGUACUCUUUAUAAAUCAAUUGGGUAUGUUGAAGUUGGUUCAAUCCCUUUCUUUGCAUCCCACGUUUCAAAUCAAGGUGAAUACUCUGGUACAACUAUUUAUUAUAAAUUAAUUGGUAGUUUAUCAAAUUUAAAAUAA